AUGGCCUCGACUAGCAACAACAGCUCGCCAUGGACGCAGCCCGAGUCGACGGAGCCGCAGACCGGCCUCAUGGUGUACAACUCGAUGACAAAGUCCAAAGUUCCGUUUGUGCCGCGUGAGGGCAACUACGUGAGCUGGUACGGGUGCGGACCGACGGACUACUUCAACUACGACGUCAACCUGGUCAUGAACAUUACUGAUAUCGACGAUAAGAUCAUCGAGCGUGCGCGGCACACGCACCUAUUCAAGCAGUACCGGGCUAAGGCCGUGGCGCUGAGCGAGAGCGCUAUUUCGGACGUUGACAGUGCAUUCAAGGCGUUUGUCGAGUCGAAGCUCAAGGUGGAGAUCAGUAGCGACGAGGACUGGAAGGCGUUUGUAGCCAAGACAGGCGAUGGCAAGGACCCUGGCCUGGUUGAGGGCAAGGCCAGUGCUACGGAAGCCCAGGCGUUGGUUGAUGCGUCGCAGGACGUGCUGGCGCUGUGGCUCGACAAGAAGUUUGGUGCCGAGGUCACUGAUCCGCAGAUCUUCCGCGAUCUGGCAGCGUACUGGGAGAAGGACUUCUUUGAGGACAUGGAUGCGCUGAAUGUGCGGCGGCCGCAUGUGCUGACGCGUGUAUCCGAGUUUGUGCCCGAGAUCGUGCAGUUUGUGCAGCGCAUCAUCGAGAACGGCUACGCAUAUGAGGCCGAUGGCUCGGUGUACUUUGAUGUGGCUAGCUUUGACGGCAAGAAUGGCCACUUCUACGCCAAGCUCGAGCCCAAGUCCAAGGGUAACGCGGAGCUGCUGGCCGAUGGCGAGGGAUCGCUGGGCGCCAAGCUGUCGGGCAAGCGCAGCCAGUCGGACUUUGCGCUGUGGAAGGCAUCGAAGCCCGGAGAGCCUGCGUGGCCCAGCCCCUGGGGCCCUGGUCGCCCUGGCUGGCAUAUUGAGUGCAGUGUGAUGGCAAGCGAGAUUCUGGGCCAGAACAUUGACAUGCACACUGGCGGAAUUGACCUGGCAUUCCCGCACCAUGACAACGAGCUGGCGCAGUCCGAGGCGUGCUUUGAUAACGAGCAGUGGGUCAACUACUUUAUGCACGCUGGCCAUCUGCACAUCGAGGGACUGAAGAUGUCCAAGUCGCUGAAGAACUUUAUCACGAUCAAGGAGGCGCUGGCAAAGUACACUGCUAGGCAGAUCCGCAUCAUCUUUGUGCUGUCGCGCUGGGACUCGCCCUCGUAUUUCAAGGAGAACUCGAUGCAUGAGGCUAUGGCUGUCGAAAAGACAUUCGACAACUUCUUCUCCAACACCACUGCCCUGCUGCGCGACUACCGUGUGCGGGCCCAAGAGUCCGAUGGCAAGCGCCACUUCCUCGAGGCCGAGCAUGAGCUGCUGGGCGCGCUGAAGGAGACUAAGGCGCAGGUUCAUGCUGCACUCAAGGAUUCGUUUGAUACACCCACAGCCAUGCGCUCGCUGCAGGAAAUCGUCAACCGCACCAACGUGUAUCUCCAGCGUGGCCGCUCCGCAAUUGACCCGCAGAUUGUCGAGAUGGUCGCUUUGUAUGUGACCAAGAUUGUGCGUGCCUUUGGUCUUGUUGCCGAGACUCCGGGCCAGCUAGGCCCUGCCGACCGUGAGUCUGUUCUGCUGCCUGUGGCCACUGCUUUGAGCGAUUUCCGUGACGCUGUCCGUGAGAUUGCGCUGGCUGGCGGCGACAAGAAGGCGAUUCUGGCGCUUUGCGACAAGCUUCGUGAUGACGAUCUGCCCGAGCUUGGCAUUGUCAUUGACGACCACGGGGAUGGCCGCGCUCUUGUCAAGUUUGCCGACCCCGAGGAGCUGCGCCGCGAGAAGGCUGCUCGCCAGGCUGCUGAGGACGAGAAGCGUGCACGCAAGGAGGCUGCAGCUCGCGCCGCCGAGGCCAAGCGUCAGGAGCGGCUGGCGAAGGGUAAGCUGGCGCCGAAGGAUAUGUUCAAGACGCCGCAGAACCUGGAGCUGUACUCGGAGUGGGAUGGCAAGGGCAUUCCGACCAAGGACAAGGCUGGCGAGGACCUGGCCAAGGGCAAGCUGAAGAAGCUGGCCAAGGAGUAUGCUGCGCAGGAGAAGCUGCACACCGAGUACCUCAAAUCUCUCGAGUAG